AUGUUGCAAGGCAAGCAUUGUUUGGUCUCAAGGGACUAUCAUCCGAUGACGAGGGAAAGCGAUAGGCGUAUGACCUACAGGGCUGAAAAGGCCGAGGGAAAGCGCCAUUUGGAAAGAAAAGAUGACGAGGAGGAUGACGUGGUCCAAAAGGUGCCCAAGCAUUUGGGAGAUCAAGUAGACACCGAAUUGUCUCUUGGUGGGAUCUUUAAGUCGGUUUCUGGCCAAUCGAGCAACCAGGGACACGCUGGCAUUGAUUCAGAUUCUAGCUCAUUGAUUGCUGACAUUGGUUUGGAUAACGUGAUUAGUUGUUUCGUACGGUUAUCUCGAGCUAAUUAUGGCUCGAUUGCAUUAUUGAACCGGAGUUUCCGGUCUCUUGUCCGUAGUGGGGAGCUGUAUAAAUUAAGGCAGAAAAGAGGGGUAGUCGAGCAUUGGGUUUACUUUUCGUGCAUGCUGAACGAAUGGGAAGUCUUUGACCCUAUACGGCGCCAUUGGAUGCAUUUGCCAAGUAUUAGUUAUAAUAAUGUCUUUGUGUUUUCUGAUAAGGAAUCCUUGGCUGUUGGGACUGAGCUUCUUGUUUUCGGAAGGAAUCUCAUGUCGUACGUUAUCUAUCGAUACAGUUUGUUGACAAACGCGUGGACCACGGGAAUGCAAAUGAACAAGCCUAGGUGUUUGUUUGGGUCUGCUAGCCUCGGAGAAAUCGCCAUAUUAGCUGGCGGUUCUGACUCAAAUGCAAAUCCCCUCAACUAUGCGGAGUUAUACAAUUCUGAUACGGGAAGGUGGACGAUGCUUCCAAGCAUGAAGAAAGCAAGAAAAAGUUGUUCUGCAGUUUUCAUGGAUGGAAAGUUUUAUGUUAUUGGAGGAACAGGAGCCGGAUUAACGCAUCUCUCAUGCGGAGAGGUAUAUGAUUUGAAAAAUGGGACUUGGACGGAGAUUCUCAACAUAUCGCCCAUUCAGGAAGCCCCAUCAACAGUUGUGUCCGAGGCACCACCUCUGAUUGCUGUUGUGAAAAAUGAGUUGUAUGCUGCAGAUUAUGCUGUUAGGGAGGUGAAAAAAUAUAAUAAGGAGGGUGAGGUUUGGAUCACCCUUGGAAAGUUUCCGGAACGUGCUGGUUCUACGCGCGGUUGGGGCAUAGCAUUCAAAGCUUGUGGCGACCGUCUUAUUUUCGUUGGUGGUCCUCAUGUUCUUAAUGGGAAUUUAAUUGAAGUGUAUUCAUGGGUUCCGGGUGAAGGGCCUCUACAGUGGGAUGUGCUUGGCCGGAAGGAAGCUGAUGGUUUUGUCUAUAAUUGUGCUGUGAUGGGAUGCUGA